GGAGUGCCAUUUGUAGUCGCAUUUAAAAAGUGUAAGCAAAAUGAACACAUCUGUGUAUGUACAUAUGAAGAACAGACUCUGAGACUCUUCUAAAUUGUGCCUAAUGUUUUGUAUAUAUAUGUACACCACGUGGUUAAUUGUUAAAAAAUUAAUAAUUAAUAACGAUGCCGAAAGUACGGACUUCCAGCGUUCACAAAGAAGUGGCGAGACAAGGGAUUUUAUUUCAUAAGAGUAAAGGUCAGCACAUUUUGAAGAAUCCUUUAGUUAUUCAAAAUAUGGUUGAAAAAGCUGCGCUUAGGCCGACUGAUGUCGUACUGGAGAUCGGUCCUGGUACGGGUAAUAUGACUGUAAAAAUGCUAGAAAAGGCAAAGAAAGUAAUAGCGUGUGAAAUUGAUCCAAGAAUGGUGGCGGAAUUACAAAAACGUGUUCAAGGAACUGUUUAUCAUUCAAAGUUACAGAUUGUAGUUGGAGAUGUACUAAAAUCGGAUUUACCAUUCUUUGAUUUGUGUGUUGCUAACAUCCCAUACCAGAUAUCAUCACCAUUAAUAUUUAAAUUACUUUCGCAUAGACCAAUCUUCAGAUGUGCUGUGCUUAUGUUUCAAAGAGAAUUCGCGGAACGUUUGGUAGCUAAACCUGGUGAUAAAUUGUACUGCCGCUUAAGCAUUAACACGCAAUUGUUGGCACGAGUGGAUAUGCUAAUGAAAGUUGGAAAGAAUAACUUUAGACCUCCACCUAAAGUAGAAUCAAAUGUAGUGAGAAUUGAACCGAGAAAUCCACCACCACCGAUAAAUUAUCAAGAAUGGGAUGGUUUGACACGAAUCGCGUUUUUAAGAAAAAAUAAAACAUUAUCCGCAGCUUUCAAGCAAACCACAGUUAUUACUUUAUUAGAGAAAAAUUAUAAAAUUCACUGUAGUUUGAAUAACAAGACUAUCCUGGAUAAUUUUGAUAUCAAGCAAUUGAUAAACAAUAUAUUAAAGAAAGUAGAGGCUGAAAGUAAACGAGCCAGGACUAUGGAUAUAGAUGACUUCAUCAGUCUUUUACAUGCGUUCAAUGCGGAAGGUGUACAUUUUAUAUAAAUUAUACAUUAGAUUAUACAUUAUGUUUGUUUACAUAAAUUAAGAAUUUUAUAAGGAAUGUGUAAAAUAAACAUAUUUUGUUUCAGAA